AUGUCGUCGAGCCUGUUUAUUCUGGAUGAAGAUCUAGAACCGCUGGUGUCCAAGAAUAUCAGGGCAAUACCGAACCUGUCGUCGAUUCUUUCCAGCUUUAAGCAAUGUUAUCAUCGCGGUUCGCCUCCAAUUCUUUCGCAGAACGGCUGGUUCUUUAUACAUUUGAAGAGAGAUUUCUUGCAUUUCAUAUCAGUGAUACAUGCCACAGACAAACCGAACAUAGAUUUGAUGAGUAUCCUAACCUUUCUAGAGCAAUUCUAUCAUCUUUUGAAAAAGUAUUUCGAGAUUAAUGUUUUGAGCAAGAACAUCAUACUGGACAACGUCUUACUCGUCUUGGAAUUAGUGGAUGAGUGUAUAGAUUUCGGUAUUGUCCAAGUGACAGACCCAAGUAUUAUCAAGGACUAUAUUCGUGUGAAAGUCAACCUGCCAAAAGUGCCGAUAGAUAGUGACGAAUGGAGUUCUGAUGACGAAAGCAGUGACAGUGACAGUAGCAGCGAGUACAGUGACAGUAAGAAAAGGAACAAGAAGAAGAAUAAGAAGAAGAAGAAGAAGAAGAACGGCAAAGGAAAGAACGUGGGCAAAAGCAAAAUAAAAAGCAUAAUGGUGAACAAUAAAGAAAAUAAGGGAAACAAUGUGGUGGAAACGGUCAAAGAGACUUUGAGAAGCAAGAGCAAUACUGGAAGAAACUCUCCGGAUGACGAGCUGCCCAAUGAUGGCAAUGACCUCUAUAUUAAUGGAGACAUCGCGAAAACGAUCAUAAUGCCCAUCUCAUGGAGAACAAAGGGGAUCCACUAUUCCAAAAACGAAUUCUUUUUGGACGUUAUAGAACGGGUCCAGUACCUGAUGGAUUUCGAGAAGGGAAUAAUCAGGAAGAACCUAAUCCAUGGUGAAAUUGUGUGCAGAUGUUAUCUUUCCGGAAUGCCCAAACUGAAAAUAUCCAUCAACAAGCUCUUGAACAAGGACCCCCAGUUCAUGUCUAAUUCUAAAUUCCACCAGUGCGUUUCACUGGAUUCCAUAAACACCAUUGAGGAAGAAGGAAAAGACAGCGAUGAUUCUGGUUCGCAGAUAGCAACCGAUACAAAGGAGAUCGAAUUCAUACCGCCGGAUGGGGAGUUUGUCCUUUGCCAAUAUGAGCUGAAAAGACACGUGAAGGAUGCACCGAUGAUAAAACUACAGGCUUUUGAGGUCAAGCCCAAACCGAAGAAAUUCAAGAUCCAAAUUGUAACAAAAAUUCAAACCAAUUUCAAACCAACCAACUCCACAUCAAAGCUGAACAUCAAGAUCCCGCUGACGAAGGUCUUUCAGGACUACAAGAUAGACCUGAGCAAGCAAAUCCGGUUCAAGGCCAACUUAGGCAAAGUCGUGUUCAACCUGAGCGACGACUUCUUGCUCUGGGAAAUAGAAACUAUGAAGGGUCACCGUGAACGCAACACUGGCACUGCCCCACAGGAGGACAAUGCCAGCGCUCUGGCAUCCAUGGUGGCAGAGUUCCCACUGUUCAACCAGGAAGAAUAUGACCGGAUGCAAGAAGAACUGAAAACCUCUAUGAACCCGCCGCCCCUGCGCACGGGACCCAAGCUAGAGGAACUGUACAAACAGGUACACGAAGAGCGUCUCCCCCACACGCACGAUGUCGCCCCUCGAGAUAAGCUGGUCAGCGUCGAUUUCGAGAUCCCGUAUUGCACAUGCAGCGGGCUGAAAGUCGAAUACCUGAAGGUCGAAGAGCCACAGCUGCAGUACCAGUCGUUCCCUUGGGUCCGAUACAAGACCAUCAGCGACGACGAGUACGCAUACAUCGUCUGA